AUGGCCCCAGGGGUGGUGGGGACGCCGUUUCCAGCCUCCCUGUCGGUGAAGGGGGCCAGCUUCUACCUGGGCAACAGGAGGAGGAGGAAAGGGGUGUUCACGGGUUUGCUGAGGCAGCUGGUCCUGCUGCCAGGAGCUGAUGCCACCCCUCAGAUAUGCACCAGCAUCAACUUCAAAGCAGCCACACUCUCUGUCCCCACUGCCCUCCAGGAUCAGCCUCCCAAGCCAGGGAGCAACGAGGUGCUGAAAUACCCCUACGAGACUGGCACGAAGGUGACCCUGGGGACCCGUCCACCCUGCACCAAGCAGGAGAAGGCACAGUUCUGGUUCAAUGCCUCCUGGAGAGGGUUGUACCUCUGCAAUGGCACUGCCUGGAUCUCCAUACUGGAAGUCAAGCAGAAGCUGGACUAUGUGGAGGAGUACCAGAACCUGGUGACCAACUCUGAAACCAUGGGUGUUGAGGUCUUCACCAUCCCAAAAGUGGGACUGUUUGCAGCCACUGCCAACAGGUACAGCCCUCCAGGAUCAGCCAUCUACAAGUGGACUGAUGGGAAGUUUGUGCCCUACCAGAACAUCCCCACCUACCAAGCUCAGUCCUGGAAGUAUUUCACCAUAGGCAAGAAGGUCUUCCUAGCAGUGGCUAAUUUUGAGCAGAAUGACAGGGGCCAGGAGUUCUCUGUCAUCUACAAGUGGAGCCACAGGAAGGAGAAGUUCAUCACCUACCAGAGGAUCAGCACCCACGGUGCCAGGGACUGGGAGGCCUUUGUCAUCGAGGGAGAGGCUUUCCUGGCCGUGGUCAACCACAGAGAAGGGAAUAACCACAACAUAGACAGUGUGAUAUACAAGUGGAAUCCCAGGACAGGCUUGUUUGAAAUCAACCAGACCAUCCCUACAUCUGGAGCCUACGACUGGGAAUUUUUCACCAUUGGGCCCUAUUCCUUCCUGGCUGUGGCCAACACCUUCAAUGGCACAUCCACCAAGAUCUACUCACACAUCUACAUCUGGCUCAGUGGCUCCUUCCAGCUCUUCCAGUCGAUCCUGACUUUUGGUGCUGCUGACUGGGAGGUCUUUCACAUCGGGGACAGAGUUUUCCUGGCUGUUGCCAACAGCCACAGCUAUGACAGUGGGGUGCCAGCACCCUCCAACUUCUAUGCCAUCAACUCCUCCAUCUACGAGCUCAACAUCACUGCCCAGAUGUUUGUCAAGUUCCAGGACCUCCUCACCUACAGUGCCCUGGACUGGGAGUUCUUCUCGGUGGGAGAUGAUUCUUUCCUGGUGGUAGCAAACUCCUUUGAUGGCUUCACCUUCUCCAUUAACAGUAUUAUCUACAGGUGGCAAGGCUACGAAGGCUUUGUGGCAGCACAUCACUUGCCCACCCUGGGCUGCAGAGACUGGGAAGCCUUUCACACGGCUGAGGGCUCCUACCUCCUCUACUCCAGUGCCAAGGAGCCGCUUUCCAAGGUGCUCAAGCUGAAAACCACUUGA